AUGGGAAGUGUCCUAUCUACGGCGUGGGCCAAUCUGCCCUCCUUCAUGGACUUCCAUCCUCCCACCCCUGCCGCGUACACCACAGCUCUGGCUGUCUUCCAAUACUUCCCUGUGGUCACUGACGAUAACACCAAGUUCACUCUCAUCGAAUGGGUGCUCUCAUGGUACCCGGCGGGGAAAACAUCCCUCAAGAGCUCGCCCUUCAAUAUACCAGGCCGACUUGCCUGGUUUGCAAUGGAGAUCGUAGGCCCAGUCAAUCUGCUCUACAAUCUUUCUCACACAACACCUUCUCUGGCUGAGCUGCCUAUGAUCAACAAGUUGAUGGUAGCUCUUUACUGCACCCACUAUGCCAACCGCGCCAUCAUAUCACCAUUCUUCUCUGCUCCGAGCAUGUCGCCCAUUCACGCCUUUGUCAUGUGCAGCGCCAUGCUCUUCAACUGGUUCAACUCAUCCUGUCUAUCUGGAUGGCUAGCCGGCUACGAGAUCCCAAUCCAAGGGUACCGUACCAACGGCGCGCAGGUCAUGAGCUCUUCCACCCCCUUUGUACCACCCACCCGACUCGUGGUCUUCAUAAUCGCCGGAACAAUCAUAUUCUUCUACGGCAUGGCGCAGAACAUCCGCGCAGAAACCACCCUUUUCCGUCUUCGCAGAGAAGAGGCAGAUCGACGCGCCUCCAAAAGAUCCGACAUUGACUCCCAUGAUCUUGAUCGUGAUCAUCAUCUCGAUCUUCAGAAAAAGGACCGCAACGGCAACAAGUAUCACAAAGUCUACGUGAUUCCGCCCGCAAGCGGACUUUUCCGAUACAUCCUCUACCCCCACUUCGUCUUCGAGUGGUUAGAGUGGACUGGAUUUGCUCUCGUCGGCCUUGCAGUUUUCCCUCUGACUCUCUCUAUGAAGGUGGGCACUACUACGACCGCUAGUGCGGGCGUUGCGCCGGCGCUACAACCGGCUCCCUGGAUUAUUCCGGUGGCGUGGGCGGCGGACAAACUGGGUCUGCCGCUGCCUUUGCCGGCUGUGCUGUUUGUGAUCAAUGCAGUUGCGAACAUGGUGCCACAUGCGCGCUGGGGUCGAAAGUGGUAUGUUGGAAAGUUUGGUGCAAAGGCGGUUGCGGGGAGAGGCGCGGUGGUGCCGUGCUGCGAGUUCUUGUAG